GUUAUAUCUUAUAUGACUGUAUUUGCUAUUGGUUUAAUGUAAAAAUUAAAUUAAAUAAUACUAAUUUGUACAAUGUCUCGAUAUUGUUCUAUAGCUUCCUGCCAGAAAUUAACAAAAUCAAUUAAAACUUCAUUGAACUUGAAAAAUGAUUAUAAGGAAGUUGUUCAAAUGUGUUUGCAAAGUAAGAAUGUGAAGAAUACAUCCAGCUUUUGGAACAAAAUAUUGAAAAACAUUGCGAAAAUUAAAUCGAAUAAUUCUUCCGAGGCCAUUAGUGUUUUUUCCAACAAUAUCACAGACCAGCGGAAUGACAUCAACAGAAAGACGAAAAAUCCAAAACUAUUACACAAAGAAAUCCAAAAGCUAUGUAGCAAUCUCCAAAAGCAUAUUUCCCAAAAUAAACCAUUAGCAUGGUCCACUGCAGGAGUUGCAGCAGUAGGAUCUACCAAUCCAACAGUCACAGAUGUACCAACACUUGACAGCAAUAUUAAUGCAGUAUCUAGUGUUACAGAAGUUAAAGUUGAACCUAUAGUAGAAGCCAUACCAGAGCCACCUGUAGUUCCUGAAGUAGUUGAAUCAACUGGGGAAGUGUUGAAUCAGUUGAAUGCUCUAGGAGAACCAACUUUUGCGUCUUUAGGUUUGGGAGGUUACAGUCCUGUAGGAAUAGUACAGAAUUGCUUUGAAUAUUUACAUGUAACAAUGGGUAUGGAAUGGUGGGCAGCAAUAGCUAUAGGAACACUAGUGAUCAGAAUUUGCCUCUUCCCUUUGGUGAUUAUGGCUCAAAGAAAUGCAGCAAAAAUGAAUAACUACCUCCCUCAGAUGCAAGUUCUUCAGUUGAAGAUGACUGAGGCUAGGCAAACUGGCAACCAAAUGGAUGCUGCGAGAUAUUCACAAGAACUUAUGAUGUUCAUGAAGGAGAAGGGAUUAAACCCAUUCAAAAAUAUGAUUGUUCCUUUAGCACAGAUGCCCAUCUUUAUAUCCUUUUUCAUGGGCCUCCGUCAGAUGACAAAUGUUCCAGUUGCCAGUUUGAGCACCGGGGGAUUAUUUUGGUUUACUGAUCUGACAUUACCUGAUCAAUAUUUACUAUUGCCCAUCAUUACAAGCGCAACAUUGUAUGCUACUAUUGAGUUAGGAACAGAUACAGCUAAAUUGUCUUCCCAAAACAUGCAGUUAAUGAAGUAUGUAUUAAGAGGAUUACCAUUGAUCGUUUUACCAUUUACCGUCAACUUCCCUGGUGCUAUACUCUGUUAUUGGGCCUCCAGUAAUUUGAUUUCGCUAGUUCAAGUUGGUUUUUUGAGAAUACCUGCUGUUAGAGAGUAUUUCAAAAUUGAGCAGAUGCGUAAAUUUAAAGCUGAAGAGAUGCCUGUGAAACCGAAAGGUUUUAGAGAAGGUUUGAAGGAUUCGUGGGAGAAUAUUAAGAUCACAAAGGCGUUAGAAGAAAGAAAAAGAUUGGACGAAUUAUCCUUCCAACGUGCAGGCAAAGGACCUAUAGUGAAAACAUACAAAUAUGAUCCCACAAAACAAGUAGAUCCUAAUAAGACGGCUCCAGUCAGUGCGAAAAGUAGGUGAAGCAGUUUUUGAUGUAUAGUUCUAGAAUAAACCAUGUUUAUUAUUGUU